CCAAUGCGGCCCUGCCCCCAAGAGCCUGGCCCACAGCACGCCCAUGUGGGCCGGAGGCGCGGGGAGCCCUCGGCGGGGCCCACCCCCGACACCCACCGAUGACCUCUUCGCCCGCAAGCUGCGCCAGCCGUCCCGGCCCCCGCUGACCCCGCACACCUUCGAGCCCAGGCCCCUCCGCAGUCCACUCCUGCGCAGCGGCAGUGAUGCUGGCGAGACCCGGCCCCCGGCGCCCACCAGCCCCCGGGCCCGCGCCCACAGCCACGAGGAGGCCCCCCGCCCCGCGGCAGCACCCACCCGGCUCUUCGCGGACCCCCUGGCGCUGCUGGGACUGCCGGCAGAGGAGCCAGAGCCCGACUUCCCGCCGGUGCCCGAGCCCCGCUGGUUCGCUCACUACGACGUCCAGAGCCUGCUCUUCGACUGGACGCCCAGGCCCCGGGGUUCGGGCCCGCACUCGGAGGCUGCCCCUGGUACCCCGAUCACCACCGAUGACCAGGCCAUCAGCUCGGACCUGCUGCUCGGGGCGCCUGGCUUUGUGAGCGAGCUCGGGGGUGAGGGGGAGCUAGGCCUGGGGGGACUAGUGCCCCCACCUGUGCCCCCCGCACUGCCCAACACGGCUGUAUCGGUGCUGGAGCAGCCACAGAACCGGACUGCAGCCUACAGCCUGGAGCACGCAGACCUGGGCGCAGGCUACUAUCGCAAGUACUUCUAUGGCAAAGAACACCAGAACUUCUUUGGUCUGGAUGAGGUGUUGGGCCCAGUGGCCGUGAGCCUGCGGCGGGAGGAGAAGGAGGGCAGCGGAGGAGGCACGCUGCACAGCUACCGCAUCAUCGUACGGACCACGCAGCUCCGGACACUCCGAGGCACCAUCUCGGAGGAUGCGCUGCCACCGGGGCCCCCAAGAGGCCUGUCCCCCAAGAAGCUUCUAGAGCAUGUGGCACCGCGGCUGAGCCCCACCUGCCUGCGCCUGGGCUCCGCCUCCCCGAAGGUGCCACGCACGCUGCUCACGCUGGAUGAGCAAGUGCUGAGCUUCCAGCGCAAGGUGGGCAUCCUGUACUGCCGGGCGGGCCAGGGCUCGGAGGAGGAAAUGUACAACAACCAGGAGGCGGGAUCCGCCUUCACACAGUUCCUCACCCUGCUGGGCGAUGUGGUGCGGCUCAAAGGCUUCGCGAGUUACCGGGCCCAGCUGGACACCAAAACGGACUCCACCGGCACGCAUUCACUCUACACCAUGUACCAGGACCACGAGAUCAUGUUCCACGUGUCCACAAUGCUGCCCUACACCCCCAACAACCAGCAGCAGCUCCUGAGGAAGCGUCACAUUGGCAACGACAUAGUGACCAUCGUGUUCCAGGAGCCUGGCAGCAAGCCCUUCUGCCCCGCCACCAUCCGCUCACACUUCCAGCACGUGUUUCUGGUGGUGCGGGCGCAUGCGCCCUGCACCCCGCACACGUCCUACAGAGUGGCCGUGAGCCGCACCCAGGACACCCCGGCCUUCGGGCCAGCUCUGCCUCCUGGCGGGGGUCCCUUCCCUGCCAACGCUGACUUCCGGGCCUUCCUGCUGGCGAAGGCCCUCAAUGGCGAGCAGGCGGCAGGCCACGCGCGCCAGUUCCACGCCAUGGCGACACGCACACGCCAGCAGUAUCUGCAGGACCUGGCCACCAACGAGGUGACCACGACGUCGCUGGACUCAGCCUCGCGUUUCGGCCUGCCGUCGCUGGGUGGAAGGCGACGCGCGGCCCCUCGGGGUCCGGGCGCUGAGCUGCAGGCGGCGGGCGCGCUCGUGUGGGGGGUGCGCGCGGCCCCGGGAGCGCGUGGCGCCGCUGGGGGCGAGGCGGACGGCGCCGAGGUGCCUUGUCUGCUGGGCAUCUCGGCCGAGGCGCUGGUGCUGGUGGCGCCGCGCGAUGGUAACGUAGUCUUCAACUGCUCCUGCCGCGACGUGCUGGCCUGGACCUUCUCAGAGCAGCAGCUCGACCUGUACCACGGCCGCGGGGAGGCCAUCACCCUGCGUGUCGACGGGCCCCCGGGCCAGGCUGUCGGGGAGAUCGUGGCGCGCCUUCAGCUGGUGAGUCGGGGCUGUGAGACCCGGGAGCUGGCGCUGCCGCGAGAUGGCCAAGGCCGCCUGGGCUUCGAUGCAGACGCCGAGGGCUUUGUCACACACGUGGAGCGCUUCACGUUCGCCGAGACGGCGGGGCUGCGGCCCGGGGCGCGCCUGCUGCGCGUGUGCGGCCAGACGCUGCCACGACUCGGACCCGGAGCCGCUGCCCAGCUGCUGCGCGGGGCGCCCAAGGUCUGCGUCACCGUGCUGCCCCCCGACGAGACCGGCCGGCCGCGCAGGAGCUUCUCGGAGCUGUACACGCUGUCUCUGCAGGAACCCAGCCGGCGGGGUGCCCCCGAGCCUGUACCUGAUGACGCCCCUGUGGUGGCCCUGCUGCCAGCCACAGAGCAGCUCCUACACCUGUGCCUGCCCGAUGGCGGGGGUCCCACGGCGCCCGGGGACCUGGCUGAGGAGAGGACCGAGUUCCUGCACAGUCAGAGCUCACCGUCACCCUGCAGCUCCCUGUCAGACGAGGCCCCCGUGCUGCCUACCACCACCCCGGACCUCCUCCUAGUCACCACAGCCAAGCCUUCAGCACCUACUGCUGGCCAGGAGACGCCCCACACCCAAGAUGGGCCUGGUCCUGGAGGCUGUGAAGACAGGGAAGACCCCACCCCAGGGCUGAGGGCCUCCUUCCUGCCACGCACCUUGUCCCUGCGGAACUCCAUCAGCAAGAUCAUGUCGGAGGCGGGCAGUGAGACCCUGGAGGACGAGUGGCAGUCCAUCUCAGAGAUCGCGUCCACAUGCAACACCAUCCUGGAGUCGCUGUCUCGGGAGGGACAGCCCCUCCCUGAAAGUGGAGACCCCAAGGGAGCCCCAAAGGCUGAUGCUGAGCCAGAGCCAGGGAGCCUGUCAGAGAAGGUGUCUCACCUGGAGUCCAUGCUCAAGAAGCUGCAGGAGGAUCUGCAGAAGGAGAAGGCAGACAGGGCAGCCCUGGAGGAGGAGGUGAGGAGCCUGCGGCAUAACAACCUGCGGCUGCAGGCUGCGUCCGAGAGUGCGGCCACCCGCCUGCUCAUGGCCUCCAAGCAGCUGGGCUCGCCCACCACCGACCUGGCCUGA